UCAGUUGGUCAGAGAGAGCUCGCAGCAAAAAAAACAGAAAAAAAAAACUUUUAUAAAGCGAAAUAUAAUAAUGUGUGCAUAAUAUUGGUUAAUAAAUUCAUGUAGUACAAAAUAUAUAAUAAAGCAAGUAAAAACAAUCAUUAAAAUGUGUCAUGGAUUUUCCACAACAGAUUGAAGAAACCCUUGCUGAACGACAGCCGACUGCUUAUGAUGUCGUAAUGGAAUCACCGCUCUUUGCGGCCAAGAGCAUGGAAUCAAAAUUAUCAACAACGCCGGGGUCCUUGAAGAGAGUGGAUUUGAAUACUUCGAUUAGUGCAGCGAAUGUAAACAAUGCCGACAAAAUGUCUGCCAGCAUUCAGAGCGGCACUUUAGAUGAUACCACUCCCAGCGAUUCGGGUGUACAAAUGUUGGAUUCAGAGUCAAGCGAAUUGAUGAUAGAUUCAAUAACUUCGCAGACGGGCUUUGAAUUUGAGGAUGCAAAGUGCAUCACAAUAGCUAUUGAGAAAACUAAAUCAUCUUCGAUUGUUGGUGCACCGGAAGAGGCCGCCGUUGUCGAUUCAAAUUUUAAUGUGACCGCAAUAUCGGCAGUAUCGGCGGGAGUUGAAGAGGCCAUGACCACCAGUCAAAUUUCGACUUUUGGCGAUACCACGGAAAAUAUAGUUUAUCGGCGAAAAGUGCGUAAAACGCCAGCGGUUGCCAAGGCUCCGAAAAAGCGUGUCUCGUUUCACGAAGAUAUUCUGAAGAAUACUCGUACAGAUAAUAUACAUAUAGAGCACGGGUUCAUUACUUACAAGGCCGGUAUACGGAAAAUGAAUCAACAGGUCAGUGGCGCCGGACGUUACUCUUGGUGUUCAGAGGGUGAUAAGACAGAACCUACCGAACUCCCUCAAAACGGUGAUGAAGACACUCAAGGCGGCGACGCGGCUAAUGGUCGGCGACGUAUUGUUUAUCGUAAUGCUUGUUCCGAUGUAUUGGACUAUGGGAACUCGGACGUCUACGAUAUGAACGAUGAUAAUUGUUUGCAAUAUGAUAAUUCGGGAGUUUUUGAAUACACUACAGCGACAGAUAACAACGUGGCAAAGCUGGCUACUGCUUUAAAUGCAAAGAAAAAUCUUAAUCCAGAGCUUUACAAAUGUUCUUGUUCCAGCUCCAAUUCCAGCUUGGAUUCCGAUGAAAAUGACAAAAAUUCCAAUUGCCAUCAAUAUGAGCAAGCUAAAAGCAGUUCUUGUGAUUGUAUUGGCGUAAGCAACAACAACAAUAAUUUUAUAGGCGAAAAUUGCUACUACUCAGAACCCAAUAUUGGUUCAAAUAAUAGCCCUCCACGUCAAAAAUCUGUCUGGAAUAAGGAGAAAAAACCGAAAUCAAGUUGUUUGAAGAAAACGAAAUUUCAUACUGAUGUUAUACAGGAACAAGAUCUUAGUAAUAAAGUGAAAAAAUUUAAUGUUCACGAUGUGAAUCAAUUAUUGGACAAUAGCAGCAAAAUGAUAUUUGGCUCAUUGAAAAGUAUUUUUACUAUGCCGUUGCCUGAGCGUGGCGUUCCUGAAGGUUCGGAGGAUUUACAAGCUGUUAUUGAAUGUGUGCCCGAACCUGAGCAGACACCCGAACAUCAAAAAAAUGAAUUCAAUGCUAAGCAAAUUCCCGACUCUCCGCCCUUGAAAACGAAACCAUUUCUCAGCAAAAGCUUAGAUGGUUCUAAGCAGCAACAACCCGUUAAAAAAUUUGUGCACAAUGUUGACGAACAAUUGAGACGCAGAAAUGAAGAAGAAAUGUAUGCGCCAACCCGAGACAAUAGCAGCGAAAGUCAACUGAAGGAAACUGAACAUAGUAACACCCCACAACUGAAGAGGCAAAAUGAAUUUGAUAAUGAUAAUGAUAAUGAUAUGAGCUCGCUGGUCACUGACAGUUUAGCUGCCGUUGAGCCCGACAAUACACCAUUUCGUAAUAAAUUCAUUAUAAAUUGUGAGAGCACUGUAUUCGAACAUACAGGCGUUUCGUAUAGUUACGAAUCAUCAUCGUCAUCAUUUAACGAUCUUAUUUGCAUGGAGGACUCGUGUGGUAACAUUGCUGACUUAAUUGAGAAAGAUACACCAUUUGCCCAGCCAGAACCCGACCAGUUACGUAAUGCUUUCAUGUCGGCUCCUAUAGCUAAGACAUUUUCCAAUUUCUUUCGCAGUUUUAAGGAUACGGGAAAAGAUAAAAGUAGUGCCAAAGGCAUAAAACCUAAUAAUCGUGAGACGGAAGCAAAACAUAAAAUUCAAGAUCAAGAGGCAAAAGAAUGGCAAGAAGCUACCGAUAAUUAUUUUGCUCUUAAAAUGCCGCGAAAAUGGGAAACAAAUGCACAAUCGCUUUCUACCAGCACGCCCUAUAAAGUUCCGAAAAUUUCUUCUACUAUUUCGGAUAUUUCGAGUAUCAUGGAUAAUACUUCUUCCACUAAUAUGGCUCAACUGGUGCAGCAGACAACUAAAUCAAAUUCUUCCUUAACCAGUGGCAUAGCCAGUGGUAGCGUAAGUACUUCAGGUUCUUGUAAUCAACGUGAAAGCCUCGCCAUUGGAUGCGAUUUACGGGUUAAUUUGGAGAAACAAUCGCGUCAUAUACCAUCGCCUCUCAAAAAACGCUUAAGUGCAUCAGGUUCUAAUCUUAUUCAACAAAAUGCACCUCAGCGUUAUGGGGUGAGUGCACCGCAACCGGAUCCAACACUUUUGUCACCCGAUCUUUUCAGCCAUUAUAAUAUCGCUCGCGGCGGUAGUGGCCGUGACUCUAAAAGCACUAUCCUAAGUGAAGAAUUCGAUGAUAUUCUGACCGUAACGACGGACACCGAUAAGAAUGAAAGUGAUAUUAUCAUUGUUGAUUAUCCAGAAGUCAGCGAUAGACAAUCGAGCGCUGAUUAUGCUAAUCUUUUAAAACCUCCUCAGCCGCCGGCCAAAACAUCGCUAAUAAAUCGUUUUUUGCGAAAUGUUACACAAAAGAAAAUACUGGAAUCAUCUAUUAAACGUAACAAUUUUUUUGCGCACAAACUGAAAACUGGACAAAAAUUAUUUACCGGCAAUUUGUAUGUAAAAGGUGCUCGACCUCGCAACAUAGAAUUAAUCGAAGAUUUAAAUGCCGAGAUAGCGAUGGAAAUAGAAAUGUCUGGUGUGAAUUCUCCUCGACGCGAACUCACUAAUUUGGAAUCUGAUUUACCCGGAGACUUGUCACGUUUCGAAUUAGGCAUUGGCGAAAUAUCGGUCGACGUUUUUAUUGGCAGCAAUUUAAAUUUUCUUCUAAAUGCAUCGGAAAUAUUAAUGAAAGCUUUUAAACUUUAUACCGGCUAUAGCAAAGAAGGCUACAUGACACCGGUAUUAGUCUUUUUAACGGACAAAACUUUAUAUGUUACAGAUUUGGUGCGUAAUCGAUUGUGCUCAAAAUUUAUCCUGGCUUAUAAGGAUUUAGAUGUCAUACUUACUGGUCCUUAUGGCAAUACGGUACUGCUUUCGAAUAGCACCCGCGAUAUGCAACAAGUUUUAUUGGCAGGCGGACCUUAUUCAGCAGACAGUUUGGUAGCUAAUCUAGAAUUGUGUGCUCGGCGUCAUGGCUCCAUAUUGCCAGCUGUCGGUCAAUUGACUUUAAAUCAUUUGGUACCCUUGCAGGACUUUGUGCGCGCAAAUUCAUGUGUAGGUAAAAGUGAUAGCUGGAUGUAUUACGCGGUUGUUAAUAUGCCAGGUUCUUCAUUGGGCGAGGGCGGUGAACAAGAACCUUUAGGACCGCAUGCUAAAGGUUUCUUAAUGCAUCGGCGUACGAGAGAUCACAUCAGUACGUCGAAGCAUCAACUGUGGAACCCGGGCUAUUUUUUGUUAAAGGCUGGUGUUUUAUAUAUGUUUAAUGAUUCCACACAAAAAAUACCCAGUUGGGCAAUGGCUUUGGCUGAAUGUCAAGGUGCUAGACGAGCAGUGAAAGCGGGAAGACCUCAUUGCUUUGAAAUUAUGCUCAAGGAUAAAAUGCUUUUGCAGUUAGCUGCUCCGGAUGAGUACGUUGCUUCAGAGUGGUUGCAGGCUUUACUACAAUCGGCUAGUGGGCUUUUUGAGAUGCAGGAAAAACACAAGACACUGGGUUGCACAUUGGUGGUGACACAAAAUCAUUUAAUAACACUGCGAGAAGAUUUCUCGGCACCCCUUAAACAAUUUAAUAAGAAAAUUGAAUCGAUUGCUCAUGAGGGCAUAAUGAACAGUGCUGCUGCUAUAACUAACACAAAAUUUGAAGAGGAACUGCCGCAUUUUAUGCCGGAUACCGGAAGUUUGUUAAGUUCGGCCAUGAGCACACCAACACGUGGUACUUUGCGAUCCUGUUCUUCGAUCAAUUCUACGCCCACUAAAUUAUCACAAUUUUCACGCUCGACCACAACGUAUAACACUACCUUAGGAUCAUCUUUGGCCAGUAAUGCUACAACUAAUUCCACAAUAUCGACAGCAACAUUUUCGAAGCAGGCGCAAGUCGAAACGAAAGAAGGGCAAAUUUCAAUGAAUAGCGUUUACGGUAAAAAUUCAGGUUUAGAAAUUUUAACAUGCGCCGAUAUUAAAGAAAUGAUUGGCAUUAAAAUACCAUCUCAUAAUGAUACGUGGUGGUGUGUUUUGGAAUUCUCAUGCCAAGAAGUUCGUGAAUGCUCAGAUGAUUUAGUGAUAUUCUUCGCAAGUAGCGCUGAAAUGCAACGAUUCCUGCGCCUUUUGGAGCAAUUGUGGCAAGCAAAAAAUAAUGAUUUGUUCCCGAUAACCGUUUUAGAUGAAGAUGAUUUAGUUGCUGAACAAUGUACAACAUUAUAUAUGGAAAUAAAUCGUUCUUGGGAACCUUUACUGUCGGCAGCGUUAGGUUAUCCACUGUGAAGGAAGAAAAAUUAUGAUAAAUAAUUAAAUAUUAACCCUAAAUAUAGCGUGAAAUGGAAGAGCCUAAGAAAAUUAUAUUAUAUUUGAAAAAAUAAUCAAUCUUUACACAUAAAAGGGAAUGCUUUUCACAGUGAUAUUAAAAACAUAACGAUAUUAAAACAAAAAAAAAAAAACAACAAAAAAAUGCAUGUACAUGUGUUUAAUAAAUUAAAUGAUUGGAAAUGUAUUCACACAAUACUACGAUAAGAGGAGAAAAUAAUGUCAUAUACACGCAAAUAUAUAAAUGUGUAAUGCAAAGAAAUAUUUUUCAUUUCAUUUGCUAUUAAUCUCUUAUCACAAUAAUCAAUAAGUAUUUGUUUUUUUGUUUUUUUUUUUUUUUGUUUUUGAAUAGUUUAAGCAUAUACAUCUCAGAGAGCCGAAAACAUUAUUCAUUCAUUUGUAACAGAAAAAUGUGAUAUUUAUUUUUUACAAUAUUUUAUUUUAAAUAUAUAUUUA